AUUGCUCAUGCCUAGGUGCGCAUCGACUACAUCUUGAAUUGGAAUUGAAGCAGGAAAUGUCACAUUUGUUUUGGGAGACAAGUGUAGUUUGAGCACAACAAGCCAGGCUCAUGUUUAUAGCUAGUUAUUUAGUUAGCUACGUUAUUUACGGUGAUCGCUGGCUAUGUAGCUUGCCUGUUCGGUUCAUUCAUGGCAAGAGAUUCAAAAACGGUGUCUGCUCUGAAGAAUCUUGGGUACCCUGGCAACGCUUGCUUGAAGCAAUGUAGCUGCGAAGAACUUCCCUGCCAAGUUCUGUCCUGGCUGGUAUCUGAGCUAAGGACAACAUGUCCAGAGGUACAGGGAGUCAACGAACAAGGUCCCACAGUGAGUGCCGUACUGGUGGGUGAGCUGAGGAUGAUUCUCAGAGACCUGCACUGUCCCUACGCUGCCCUGGCAACAGAGACGCUAUCCCCUGCGCUCCUCAACACAGCCACUGAGUUCCUGGUGACUGAACUGCAGGCGGUGAGGAUGCUACGGCGCAAGCAGAGCCACCCUGAGGACCCAGCAAGCGACGGCAAUGCCGAGAAGGAACAGAGAGAGGUAGAGGUGGAGGAGCUGGAGGAAGAAGAAGAAGAAAUAGGAGUAUGGGAUAAAAAAAAACAACGAGAAGUGCGAGAGGAGUCCGAGCAGCUCUUUCAGUCCCUGGGUCUGGAACCUUCCGCUCGGCUGAGAGACGCGUAUACUGAGGUGGAGUCGCGCGUCACUUCUCUGCCCAAGGGCACCAUGCCUGAGCCUCUCCUGAAGACGGCCCUGAAUUCGGACCAGUGGCGGCUCCUCCACCAGAUCAACCAGGCGCUCUCCCAGGACUACGAGUGUCGACGAAACAUGAUGACCAAGCGCUUCCAGGUCACCUUGGAGUCCUUCACCUGGGGUGAAAAGGGAGCUGAGCGUAGCGCAGUGCUUUCCACCGUGCCGCUCCUGUGCCCUGAGGCCCUCGGCUCCGGUGUGUCUCUCUCCCUCCUGCUGGCCGCCAGAGAGGACCAGUCCCGCAUCCUCCCGGUCAGAGCCGGGCCCAGCACAGCAGUCCACAAGAUUCUAAUGGGGAACGUCCCGGACAGAGGGGGGCGGCCGGGAGAAAUCGAGCCCCCCAUGCCCACCUGGCAGCGCCGCAGGGACGGGGGAGGAAGAGGAGGAGGAAGAGGAGGCGGUGACGGUGCCGGCCACCAGCGAUGGGGCAAUAAGAAGCAGAAGAAGAAGAAGAAGAAGAAAGAUGGAAUGAGGGAGGACAGGAACGAGUCCGCAGAAGGCGGACAGAUCAGCGGCGAGAGGGAAAAGGAGGAGUAAAAGAGAGGGAGGAGAGAAAGAGGGAGGGGCAGCUUAAUCAUGCUGCGGGCUGUGUAGAAGUUACCUUCAGGGUAGGCAUGGAGACUCUAGAUUUGAAGUCAUAGAUGAACACCGAACAUUUAAAAAAUCGGGGGAAAAACAUACCUUUAUGCACUUUUAGGUUUUCUCUGAAGUCUAGAUCCAGCUAUGAGUUUCUUAAAUUAGCCAAAUAGGUCUGCGUUGCUCUGUUUAAACAUCACUAAUGCCCCAGGCUUGGUUUACUUGCUUUGUUCAGGGGAUCUUUGGUCUGCGCUGCAUCUUUACUACAAUUGAUUCCGCUUUAAUUUAGUGAACCAAAUCAAAAUAUAAACUAUGUUUGCAAUGAAGGCACCCAUUGAUUAAAAUGAUCUGAUGAGAAGUCAAUGAUUAGGACAGUUAAUUCCUCCAUUGUGGUUAGUAAUUGCAACUUCCAAAUAUGGUGCUUUUCUCCCCUUUAAUCAUGUAAAGCAUUGGGGUUAAGCAUCUUGGCAACUUUACAUCUUUUUAUAUUCUUUGCUGAAAUGGUGUGUACCCGACAGCUAAAUGUACUGUAAGGACUCUGAGAUACUUCACAUGAAAUCGGCCCAUGAGAUAUGCUCAAGUUUAUUGGUUAGUAGGCUUGGAUGGUUUGCAGUUUCAUUAAUAUAAAUUUGAACAUCUGGCAACAAACCAUCCCUUUAUUUUCAGAAAAUGACAAACAAAUUGCAUAACCUGUCUUUAAGAAAACAUGUCGAGUGAACAGUGAACAGGGAUUUUGAGUUUUGUGAAUAAUUUACGCAAGAGGCUCUCUCCCCCUCUAUAAAAGUGUGAGUGUAUCUAAGUAUCUUUUUUGUUAUAUUCAAAGGUGAAGUAUUUAAAAACACCAGAGUCCUCAAUCUAGGCCUAUUUUUUAGUUUAAAAAAUUUAUGAGUUCUGUAUUUCUAUUGAUAGUAGUUGUACUGCGGCUGUUGGAGAAGUCGCAGGAAGCCAUUGAGGCCUAUUUGAAUAAAGAUGUGCGAGGUUGCA